UUUAUGCAAUAAUUUUUUUCCGGACACAGACUUUGGACACAAACACCGACUUAUUCUUCCGGUGAUCUUCGGGUCGACACCACAGCCAUCGCCAGACAUCAUGUCUUCGUCACUGUUUGAACACAUAAGACAAUUACAUUCGGAUGAGUUGUACACCAAUUUAGUCCAAUUGAUGAAUCUCUUGUCGCCACAAAUGGACUCCAUUUGCGAACUCUUUUCGGCGACCAAUGAAUACAAAGCCCUCGUCUUCUUCGGCGACGCUCUCUAUCGCACCAAAGAUUACCGAAAAGCAGAG